AUGAGAAUCAGUUCUAUUGUUAGAUGUGCACUUAAUUUACGUCACAAUAUUUAUGCAGUUAGUUCUGGUUCUGUACCAUCUGCUAUAGCAAUUGUUAGAUUAUCUGGAAAAGAUGCAUUAUCACAUAUUAAAAAAUUGACACGAAAAGAAGUAAUAACUCCAAGAAAAAUGUUUUAUUCACCUUUGUAUGAUAAGGAUGGUGAUAUUAUUGAUAAAUCAAUGGUCGUGUACCUAAAAGGUCCCAAUACAUUUACUGGAGAAGAUACAGCUGAAUUUUUUGUACAUGGUGGUAGAGCAGUUGUAAGAAGUCUUUGUAAUGAACUUGCUUUAUUGAAGAAUACGGAUUAUGCUAAGGCUGGUGAAUUUACACGUAGAGCUUUAAUUAAUAAAAAAAUGGAUCUUGCUCAAGUGGAGGCAUUGUCUGACCUUAUUGCAGCUGAUAGUGAUGCUCAAAGAAAACAAGCAUUAAAGUCAGAUUCUAUAGGUAUUGUGAUGAAACCUUUGAGAGAGAAACUUUUAAAUUUAAUUGCACAAUAUGAGGCAUCCAUUGAUUUUGCUGAUGAUGUUAUUUCUAACAGUGAUAGUGUAAUUAAUGAUGCGAAAAAAAUAAUUAAUGAACUGGAAAAAUUAGAGAAAUCUUCUAAACGUGGUACAUUAAUAAAAGAUGGAAUUAGUGUAGUUUUAGUUGGGAGAACUAAUGUAGGAAAAAGUAGUUUAAUGAAUCGUAUAGCAGAAAAUGAUAUAGCUCUUGUUUCUGAUAUUCAUGGAACAACAAGAGAUUUUUUAGAAACAAGAAUACAAUUAAAUGGUCUUUUAUUAAUAAUUACAGAUACUGCUGGUAUUAGAAAUGAUAGUAUUGAUGUACUAGAAUUAAAAGGAAUUGAACGUUCAAUAAAUAAAGCAAAUAAUGCUGAUAUUAUUGUAAUUGUUAUUGAUGGUUCAAAUUGUUUAGAUAUUAACAAUGAAGUUGAAUUUUUAAGUAAUAAAAUAAAAUUUAAUGAAAAAAAAAGAAAAAUUAUUUGUAUAAAUAAAAGUGAUUUAUUUGAAACAAAUAAUAUGAAGUUUAAAAAUUUAGAUAAAUUUAUUAUAACAUCAACGGUUGAUUCAAAUGGUAUUGAUAAUUUGAUAAAAAAGUUAUCAGCUGAAGCAACAUCUUUAUUAGAAGAUUCUCAUAAUAAUUCAGAUUUUGUUUUAUCACAACAAAGGCAUAUACAAUUAAUUAAAAGAUCAAAAGAAUUUCUGGAAAAUUUUAUUAUAAAUACAACUAUAGAUAGGGCAAUUGCUGCAGAAAAUUUAAGGGAAUGCGCUGACAGUAUUGGUGAAAUAACAGGGACAAUUGUGAAUGAAGAUAUCUUGGAUAGUAUUUUCAAUACUUUUUGUAUUGGCAAAUAA